AUGUACCCCAAACCCUCUGCAAAGGCUUCCUCGGUCCUCGGCACGUUCUCAGCAGGGUUACCUACCGUCUUAGCUGCCAAUGGUCUGCUUUGCGUUGGAACUGAACAAGGAAAAAUAUACGUCUACGAUUUCAAGCAGACACUAAAGGCAGUCUGUGGGACACUGUCUGAUGACCAUACGUGUAUAGCUUCUGGCCAUAUAACUGGUCAUAUUCACCUUUAUGACUUAAAAAAACCGAAUUCCCCAUUCCGAUCUGUGCCGCCCGUCACUUUAUCUGCUGUAUCCUCUGGUCGCAAAGAAGGCCACUUGGAAGGUUCUUGUAUUGUCAGCAUUGGCUUCAUAGCUGGAAGACAUACAGCGAUUGUUUCUGCAGACGAAAAGGGCUUGGCAUUUUUCCAUUCUCUGGGAAAGCUGCUCUUUGUAGAAGCACCGGACAUUCUUCGCAUUCUUGGGCGAUACCCUGACUCCUCACCUUCAUUGAAGCCUCUACCACGACAUCUGCCAAAUGAUGGACCUGAACGAGGGCCUAAUGUGCGUGCAAAUCGAUAUACCAUCUUGGCUAUGGCAUCCUUGCCACUAGGCACACCGAAUCCGACAGACACUUACGAUCUUGUUGCUCUGCUUACACCCACAAAAUUGGUCGUCGUCGGUCUGCGACCGACCCCGAAAACAUGGUUCAAAUUUCCUCGUGAUCCAAGUGAAGGAACGUCGAGGUCUGGGUGCAAAGGCGUACUGGCCUGGUUUCCGAGUAUUUCACGUUCGACAUCGAGAUUACCCGAAGCAAGUCAAGCCGGAAAGCAAAAAGAAGGGUCGAGUGAGAGUUCAGUCGCCCCGAUGCUUGCAUUUACAUGGGGAACGUCCCUUCGUCUCGUUCGCAUGGAAGUCGGGACGAUUGUUCAUGAACUUGUGAGAAAAUGGAUAAUGGAAGACGAUAUUCUCUCUGUCCAGUGGUUGAAUGUCAAUCAAAUCGUCGUCGUCACUUCCACGACUUUAGGAGUGUACGACAUCACAUUGUGUCGUCUAAUUGAACAGGUCGAUUUUGAUGGCAUGUCAUUAUCGCCAUCGAACCAGAGUACUGAGACGAACGCGUCCGCACGAGCGGAUACAAUCCACAUCGUCUCGCAUCGUGCUAGAGACCGAUUUCAGGUCGGUACGCUGUUAACUUGGGCUGAUCGCAUUCUCGCAUUGGUACAAACCGGAGACUUUCUCAAGGCAAUCGACCUCACACGAGCAUACUACUCCGAUGAAGCACCUGGAAAUAGGAAUGGACUUCCUGAUGACCCUGAUCUUCGAAAGGAGGUCAUCGGUGAAAAGAUGAAGAGCCUCAUGAACGCCUCCACUCUCUGGGCAUUUUCUGAAGACCGCAUGACUGAUGAAACUCAUUCAACGCCAGAUGGUCGUGGCGUGGAUCGUACCUCCCUAUUUGAAGCCCUUGUCACGAUUUGUUGUCGUGUUUGCAUCGCACUGUCCGAUUUCGAGUUUUUGUUUGAAGAUUUGUUCCAGAAGUACGACGAUGCAGGUAUAACGACGAUCUAUCUUCGUCAGCUGGAACCUUUUGUUUUGGACAACGAAAUUCGGCAUGUUCCUCCACGUAUAACCCAGAGACUCAUCCAUCUUCACGAGGAAGAUGGUCAACCAGAGCACGUGGAGCGCAUCAUUUGGCACAUGGAUCCUUCAUGUCUAGAUUUGAACCAAGCCAUUCGCCUGUGCCAGAAGUUUCACUUGUACGACGCCCUCAUCUACAUAUACAUCCGUGCGCUUCAAGACUAUGUUGCGCCCGUGGUUGAACUCCUUGGACUCGUCCGACGUGUCCAGCAGUAUGAAAAAGCUCAGACAAAGUCUUUUGAAGAACAAAGAUUAGCCUUGGAUGAUGACACCAUUGGACCUAUUACUGCUAAUGCGUACAAAGUGUACCCCUACUUAGCCAACAUUUUGUUGGGGCUCAUUUAUCCAAGCGAGGAACCCUUGUCGGCCCUAGACGCUGUCAAGGCAAAGGUUGAUGUUUACACAUUUCUCUUUUUUGGCCGUUCUAAUGUUUGGCCUCCCGGCGAAAAUGGCCAGCUGGUCUUGACUUCGGAUGAGGAAGGAGGACCAGAGCCGACGUACCCUUAUGCUCGUCAGCUUCUACGAUUCGAUUCAGAGUCCUUUCUUCAUUCUCUCGACAUUGCCUUUGAAGACGCCUUUUUAAACGAGGAAUCCAGGAAUAUCAACCGUUUAAUCAUUGUCAGAAUUCUGCUGGAAAUCAUAGCUUCAGGCGAUCUGCCACCGAAAGACGUCACUUUUGUGAAUAUUUUCAUUGCACGAAACGUGCCCAAAUAUCCUCAAUUCUUACAAGUUGCACCAAGUGUUCUUCACGCUAUUCUGGUCAACCUCGCCCAAGAUCCUGAUAGCAGAACACGUGAGGAUCGGCAGCUUGCAGUUGAAUAUCUGCUAUCUGUGUACAAUCCUCACGAAAGUGAUCGAUUUGUCGCCCUCUUUGUGGCGGCCGGUUUCUACCGGAUCCUUCGGUCGUGGUAUCGUCAAGAGAGGCGGUGGCCGCAAUUACUUUCAACUUACUUCGAUGAUCCCCAGUUUCCCACCUCGGACGUUUUGAAGAAGGCGAACGAAGUGCUCUCUCUUUCAUGCCGUUCAAACAAGAGUGUUGUUCCUACCGGUCUUGCGGGGACAAUUUCCGACUUUCUCCCGAAGCUAUUGCGUGCUAGUAUUCGGGGUACUGCGAUCAUCCUUGAAGAGUAUUUGCCACAACUCCACCAACAAGCUCUGGACUCAUUAGAUCUCAAUGAGGAUGGCCACCAGAGUCAAUUCGAAUAUCUUAACUGCUUGCUUGGGCCCCUCGGUGGCAAUGAUGAAGGUUUCGCAACUCACCACGGAAGCGAGAAGUCGGAUAAUCUGGGAAAUCUUCGUCAACUAUUCAUUGCUCUCCAAUGCCAACUCCAUCCUGGGGAAGUAAUUGAGCUCCUUCAAUAUUUACCGUCGGAAAAGCUUGAUUGGACGCAGGUUUUUCAGACUUGCGAAGCAAAUGAAGUACUCGACGCUGCUGUGUGGACAACAAACAAGAUAAGCGGUCCUCGAGAAGCGCUUGUUCAAGCAGGUUCCUACCAGCAACGUCUGACUCAUCAAAUCGCACAAGCACUUCUGGAGAGUUCCUUGCGCAACACUCAACAUCCUCUGGAAAUUUUGCAAGCCGUGGGUCGGAUAGGGACCACUAUAUGCCUCGAACAUUCUCAGGGACCCUCUACCACCAAAGUCUCUUCGGAAGAUUUGUGGUUUUUGCUUUUGAGCCGUCAAAUACAGACCGUCCAGCUCCUCGCUGACUCACAGCCCUUGAAAGACAGGGAUUCACAAUUCAUGACAAGUAAUGACUUGGAAUACAUGCUUUCUUCAACACGCUCGCUUGUACAAGAAACGUUCGGGGCUCUGGUGUCAAUCACAUCAACACGGGCUGUGUCGUUCCCUCGUCUUUUCAAACGCCUUGUUAAUUCUGCCCCUACAUCUAUGGGCAACCAUUACACAGAAUUCAGGAUCGUCCUCGGGGGUAUGCUGGACUCAUAUCGUUCAGACGGCGACAUGUUGGUAAUGACAAAACAUCUUGUCGAUAGUGAUCUGUUUGAUGUUAUUGCCGCCCAUCAGCGUGAGCGAGAUCGAGGAUGGUCUCCUCAUCGGGGCAUUUGCAACACUUGUCGCAAACCGUUGGCACACACUGAAAAUCCAAUACCGGCUCUCAGUCACGAUCCUUCCAUAGUUGCCUUCCGAUCUGGGGCGAUUUCCCAUAGACGUUGUUUGCCCGUAGGAUAG